AUAAUGGCACAGAUGAUGCUUUUUAAGUGGCUGCUGUUUAGCCUGUGCAUAAUGCCGGCCAUGUUCAGCAAUACGCGUCGCAAGUGCCCAACUGAAUGUAACUGCAGCAUUGACGAGCUGGAUCGUUAUCAGGCGAUUUGCACAAAGGGCGGUCUAAGCUCUUUAUCUCCCAAUCAACUGGAUAGUGAUGUGGAUGUCAUUAUUAUACGCGGACCACGUAAUACAAUAACCAUUGGACCGGCACUGCGUCAGUUUAUGCGGCUGCAAGUGUUACGCAUUACCGAUUCCAAUCUGCCAGCGAUUGGUGCCGAGUCGCUCUGGGGCCUCAAAUAUCUGCGCAUAUUAGAUCUAUCAAAGAACAACAUCACAAACAUCACAGAGAAUAACUUUCGCGGCCAGGAUAAUCUACAUGAAUUGGAUUUAUCAAAGAAUAAAAUUUUACGCAUGGCCAGCUCAACGUUUCGACAUCUCAGGGAGCUGCGACGUCUUAAUUUGGCCGAUAACUCAAUUGUGGAGCUGGUACAGCGAAAUUUCUUCAUGCUGAGCACACUCAAGUACCUGGACUUGAGCGGAAAUCCGUUGCAGGAUUUACAGCCGGAUGUGUUUCGCGAUGUGCCUGUAAGACUCUAAGUGCUCAGUGCCGCACUUAGUGAAAACAAUCCGCAGUUGUACAAUUUAUUGCCUCAGCUGCAGGAAUUGGAUUUGGGACGCAAUGAGUUCAAAUUCCUUGACAAGGAUGAAUUUCGCGAUGUGAAACGUCUUACCAAAGUUCUGCUCGACGGCAAUCAAUUGUCUGUAGUGGUGGACCAACUCUUUCGCAUGCAGAAAAGUCUUAAUCACUUGGAUUUAUCGUACAAUCGUCUGGCCAAAGUGCCAAAUGAUUCGUUUCUGCAGUUGACCAAUUUAACAUUUCUGGAUCUUAGCUACAACAAAUUGGUGCGUCUGGAGCCGCAGUCAAUACGCAGCCUAAGCAAUUUGCAGACGCUGAACAUAAGCGGCAAUUUAUUAAUGGACUUGCGUGAAAUGUCUGAAACUUUUGAGCAUAUACCACAGCUAACUCACUUAUCCAUUGCGGAUAUGGGACAGCUGCCUGUGGGCUUGUUAACGCCCUUUCGGGAGCUGCGCUACUUGAAUAUCUCUGGCAAUUCAUUGGACAAUAUGGCACUGCAAGUUAUCGAUUCGUGUCGUGAACUGGAGUUCUUGGAUCUAUCACGCAAUCAAUUGUAUGGCAUCAAUGCAGACACCGCGCUACGCAUUCAGGGUAUACGCAAUGUGCGUCUCGAUAAUAAUCCUUUGAUAUGCGAUGAAUGUCACAUGGGCAAAUUGAUAAAUGUUGUGCGUCAACUGCAAUGGCAAUGGGAUACAUAUCCCAUUUGUUUUUUGCCCAAGAGCUUGCGUGGCGCGGAAAUAAUUAAUUUGGAUAUUGGCGGACUGCACACGUGCCUGGAUUAUAUUAGCGAUGAGGAGCAGAAUGCAGCCAGCACUAGCUAUAACUUUCUUGAGCAUGGCGGUCUUAAUACUUUGGCUAUACUAGGCGGCAUUAUCUUUGUACUGCUGGCAACUAUAAUAAUUUCAUUAGUUGCCUGUUUUACCAAAAAUCGAGCACGCUACUACACCAGAGAGGAUCAUUUAAAUGGCAGCGACAGCAAGUGUUUGGAAAAGAGCUUGGAAACGACUACGAUAACAUCGCUGGGCAAUGGCAGCUCACCAACAACUACAACCACACUGACGCUGGCUACAACGCCAGCAGGUGCAGCAACAACAGCUGCUGCAACAGCAACAACCACUGGCAAUACAAACGGACAAGUGCAGAGUCCAGCCAAGGGCAACGCUGCAGAGCAUGGCAAGGAAAUCAACUUCACCUUUCCCAUUGACGAUCGCGUAUGCACAUAUGACGAAUUUACGCUGCCACAGCCACCGCCGCCGCCAGCAACAGCCGCACAAAUACACCAAUCUACACUGGCCAGCAUGGCAGGCCCAAGCGGCAACUUGUUGUAUAGUGUAGCACAGCCGAGCAAUAGCAAUGCAACUGCAAUGGCCGCAGCAGCAGCAGCAGCGGCCACAGUUUUGCCAGCCGGUGCGCCCUCGCCUAUGCCGCUGCCCAUGGACUCUGUGGUUGUAAUGCUGCCACCACCGCCGCCGCCGCCACUAACUUCGCAAACACUGCAGCAUGAAUUGGGUGGCAGCUUGGCGAGUCUGCGUGAGGUGAAGCAGCAGCUGGUGCACUUAGGUAGCACGUUGGAUCCGCUGGUGAGCGUUAACUGACCCAGGGGCUUAACAACUGUAACCGCAGUCGACUCAGCAGCAGCAGCAGCAGCGUGCAAGUUUGCUAAGCAAACACUGAGCAACACGACAGCAACGUAAGUUGGGCUGACGGGGCGUAUAAUUAAUGAGGCAGGCUGCAGUUGCAGGUUGCGUGCAGUAAUUUGUAAUUGAGUUUUAGGUUUUAAAGUGCAUUUAUCAUCAAUAAUUUUAAUAUACCACAACUACUGCCAACUAAAGUAUGCGCUGAAUAUAAAUAUUACGCAUACGCUGCGUGCAACAAAGCGUUUCACAUUUAGUGUACAUAAAAUUGAUUACACAUUUUAAAUGUGCUACAGUUUGUAAAUAAAAAUAUUUGAAAAAACGUAAAUUUUGGAAAAAAAAUUUGUAAAUUUGGCAGCCGUUUAUUAAUAGCAGUAAGUUCUAAACGUUUAAAUUAGUUAGUUGCGCAGACCUAAGUACGAAUAUAUAUAAUAAUAACAAUUAGUUAAGUUUAACUUAAACGCAUAUAAACUAUAACAAUCAUUUAAACAGUUCACGAACCCCAACCUACAAUAUAAACAGCCCAAACGACAAAAUUUUUUUUCGUACAACUUACUGUAAUAAAUUUUAUAUUAUGUUUAACACACACACACACAGACGCACACACAUACAAGCAACAAGUGUAAGCGCUAAACGACGAGUAAUAAAGUGCGACAGUUUAUGAAAAUUACAAACAAGUAUUGCUCUUAAAUCUUU